AUGUCACUCAGAGCAGUCCCAGGAUAUUUUGCUGCAUAUCCAAGUGAGGGUUUUCAAGGAUUAGACUCCACGAAAUAUGAUCACUUAGAAUUGAUUAACCAUAAGAAUUGGAAGGAACUGUAUCAUGCUAUCCCUAGAAAUACCAAAAAUCGCCACUAUAAGCUGUUGAUUUUAGCUAGGCAUGGUCAAGGUUACCACAAUGCUGCCAUACUGAGGUACGGUAUGGAGAAAUGGGACGCCUAUUGGUCGUUGCUUUCGGGCGAUGAACAUGGAGAGUGGCUUGACUCUAAACUGACACCUCUGGGUAAAGAUCAAGUUAGAAGAACAGGAUCGAAUGUCUUGCUACCAAUGGCAAAGCAAUUAGGUAUGCUACCUCAUGUGUUUUUCAGUUCUCCAAUGAGAAGAUGUCUCGAAACAUUCAUUGAGUCGUGGACACCAGUGUUAGCGGAGACGCAAGAAUUACCGGCCGGAACUAAAAUUUCUACACGCAUUAUAGAAGGUCUAAGGGAGACGUUGGGCUCUCACACUUGUGACAAAAGAGUGGCUCACUCAAUGGCAGUUGACGAAUACCAGGAUUUCAGCACGGAAUCGGGCCACACUGUACAUUGGCAAUAUGUACCAGAUUACCCAGAAGAUGAUGAAUUGUGGCUUCCUGAUCAUAGAGAAACGUGUGCUGAAAUGGACAAACGUACACUGAAUGGAUUAUUUGAACUAUUUAAUCAAUUGUCAAGCGAAGAAAAAUUCAUCUCGCUUACUUGUCACUCAGGUGUCAUUCAAAGUGUCUUGAGAAACUUACAGCAUCCUCCAAUUUAUAACCUGGACACAGGUAAAGUCGUCGCUGUCGUCGUGGAAGUACCAGUCAACACGGCCGAUCGCGGCAGGCUCUGA